GCUACCUAAAUGUCAAGUUGACCAUAGAAUUUCGUAAAAUGGAACGUAAAUUCGUAGUGAUCAUUCAGAAUUCAUUUCUUGCGGAAUAAAAAUCAAUGACUUGUAUAAAUUCAAUGUUGUUUUGAUAUUUCUCUGUCGGUGUCUUUAACAAUAAUUGAUAGUGCGGUUGUAAUAAAUUGGUUAUUUGUGUUAUUAUAUUAAUGAAUCCUCAAGAAUAAUUGUACGUAAAUGGUGUGAUUUACGAAUAAUUCAUAAAAAUCUGUGAAAAUGCUGCUAGACGACGAAUUUGAGCUUAUGGUGACGACGGAAGAGAGGGUGAAAAAGUUGGGAUUUCGUCCUCAGAAGGAAAUUUUGACCAACCAUCUGUUGCCAUAUGCUGAUGUGCUCGAUGAGGAGUCCAACAGGUUUCUCGUACAGGUGAAGACCAACCUGGCGAAGGCGGUAAUGCUGCGGGAAAUGAAACCAGCCUGCGGCGUAUGGACCUCAAGGCUGAUGAAAUAUAUCAGAAUAUAUGGAUUGAAAUUCAGCAAAGAGGAUCACUUAAACUUCAUAAAGCUUGCAUAUGAACUGGUCCUCAUUCCUGAUUUGGAGCCAUGUAAAAUUCAUAAAUUUACCACAUUGUUUAUCAUGCUUAUCAAGAAAAGACAUUUAAUUAAACCGGAAGAGCUAACAUUGCCAUGGAGACCACUGUAUGAACUUGGAAAAACAUUAUUUGAUAAGAAUUCAACACAGAUUGGAAUGUAUCACUAUCUCACGCCCAAACGAUCUGGGAAGCAAGGGGCUUCAGUGAUCGAUAUGGUACGAAAGUUCUUAUCAGGGUAUGGGCUAGAUGACGCACUCGAAUUAUUCGGCCUGGCGUCACCAACAGAGGACGAACCAACGUCCCUCGAGGGGUCUUAUUUGUCUAUGGUGAAGUGCGCUAGACCAUACUUCGAUGUUGGGGCCACGAAGGAAAUGCUUGAAGAAUUUUUGCCUUACAUGAAUCCCUGGUCUUCAAGUAGUCAUAUGAAUGGACCACUGGUAUUUCUGCCGGUUGGAUUGAAUCCACGUUACGCCUCUCAAGGACAUGAACUGUGGUUUGAUAAACUUAAUACACUAUGGGAUACCAGCGCAAAUUCGCAUUGUGGUGUUACGGACAUAAUGAUACUUUUCGCCAAUUUAGCUAAGAGGAAUCCUGGAGCAGUAGAUUGGAGUCCACACGCACCGAAGAUGUUUAUGAGAUUCCUUCAUGCUCUAAAUCUACCCGUAUCUUACAAGGAUAUGCACCACAAUAAACAUAACAAUUUGGAUAUGAAGUAUGUGGCAUCAUGGAUUGUAUGGACAAUUAACCCUGAUGGUGUGGUUAUGAAGCAUUUACGAUCGUUCUUAGCGGGUGUCGAAAGUUACUUACAUAGUGCAAAUGCGGGUCGAUGGUCAUACAAGCUGAGGGAUUUGCUUAAAAAAUUAGCCAGAGAGUUUUUAAAUAGAGUUCGGCGAGAAAGUGAAAAAAAAUAUUUGGAAUCCUGGGAAAAUAAAACGCCCGACGCUUACAAACUCCGAGAAGAAGAUAUAACGGAAUUCGUUCAACUCGUCCUUGAACCGACAUACCAAGCUGUAUAUACGCGAAGUGGAAUACUAGAUGUAUCCGUCGCUUUACAAAAUCUCGCAACAUUGAGACCUGCCAUAGUUAUUCCUCCUUUGCUGGAGAAACUAAAAACUGCUCUGACCUCACUUACGGAGCCUCACAGAGUUACAGCCGCUAUGUCCGCUGUCGCAGCGGUAGCCCGGCCUAUGCUCAGGGGCGCCGAUGCUGGGUAUCCAGAAGGACAAACCCACGUUGUCCCCAUUUUAAUGGCCGUCCUACCUGGCCUCGAUCCAAAUGACAUUAAAAAAACAAUAGUCACCUUGCAUUUAAUAUUAAUGUUCAGCAGCAUGAUAUCCUAUAUAGAUUGCAGCUCUGCUCACGAGCACUGGUCGGAUUUGACAGAAGAAGAACUCUUAACGUGUGAAUCGACUGCACAAUUAGAAGAUUUUGUUCUAGUUUUUCUGGAUAAAUUGCUUACAAUCAUCGAAUCUAGUACUAUGGAAGUUGCCCGAUUGGACACUAAGGACUCCGAUUGGAUUCGCAGUAAGACAGAUGCCGUGAUGGAAACGGCUAUUUCGUCCGCGGUGCAGUCAGUUUUAAUGCAAUGUUCGCCAAAAAUAUUUAAGGAAGCUCUUCGAAAGUUUAAGGCGUUUGCGACUGAAUCAACUUACGAAACGAAUGUUUCUGGAAGCAUGAUUGGUGUUUUGUUGAAAUCUUUCGCGCGUAUAGACGCAGAAGCAACGCUUGCGGCGUUUAUACCACAGCUUAGUGAAGAACUACUCGAACUUCUAUCCACAGAAGAGGCUCUACACGAGGAAAAUCCACCACGCGACCUUGUGUAUAGACUCGUUCUAUUUAUGCAAGUUGUAUGUUGCGAUGGGACAGUUCUACUGAAAUAUAUUCCUCAAAUUUUGCCAGUACUUGACAAAGCGCUCAAAUUGCAUUCCACUUACGCAUUAACUCGUGCCUCUGAUUGCUUGGCUAACAUAUUUAAUUCUUUGGCUUAUAUCGAUUUAAAGGAAGGUAGAUGUUCGCCAAAAGAUUAUGGAAGUGCUCCAGAAAAAUGGUUACCUAUCCGAGAGUGGGGCAGUGGGUGUUUAAUGCAGGAUGCGAACUUUAAAUGGCAUGUGCCGUGUAAAGAAGAAGCGGAAUGUGCCCAGAUGUUGGUAGAACGAUAUAUGAAGCCAGAAAUAACGAGACUUAAGCAGUGGCUAAAUGAUGAGCGACCAAUGUGCCGGGAGAGAAGAUUACGUAGUUUAAAUAUAAUAAAUUCGGUGCUGUCAUGUAGCACACUUUUACCGCCACCCAAUGAGGAGCCUGUUCCACUUUUAGAAUCGCACGUACCAGCAACAAAUAUGCCUUACUCCAAUGGUGUUAAGUUCUCAGUUACCUUGGAUGGUAUGAACUUGAGGGCUACCUUGACACGUCUACUCGUCGAUGUUCAGGCUCGUAUGUUGACUGGGAAAACAGAUGAUACACGUGGUUUGGAGAUGUUGCUACAGGUCUGGGAGAGAGUGAUAGUAAUGAAGAACCUCCGUAACGGGCCUAGUUUAGAAACCCUAAUGCGUUCAUACGGUGCUCUAGACCGUGCUUUAGAAGGCAGGGGAGGGUUAGGUGGGGGAACAGUGAAGUCUGGUGGGGCUCGUCUGCGGAUGCUACUUGCUGAUGCUGCAAGACUCCAAGAUGAUUCAAGGCUGAAUCUGGUGUGCGACUCCGGGAUGACACCCUCGGCUCUACUUGGCCUGAACGCCUUGUAUGAACUGUCCAUCAAUACAUAUAGUUCUGUGCGCAUUGCAGCUCAACUACGUCUAUAUUGGAUGCUCAGUCACUAUGCAUAUUCAUACCGGGUACUUGUGCCUAAAAUAGUCGAGCUUUUCAACACAAUAGGGGAGGGGGAUGAAUGGCACGAGAAACACAAAGGGGCUCUUUGCAUCCUGUUAGGGCCCAAAGCAGGGCCAAUUCUCGCCAAGCAAGAUUGGGAGGUCGUUAGGGCCCUGUGGCCGGCGAUGUUGAAAGCGCCAGUCAGCGAAAAACAAAGUAUACAUAGACUCGAACAAGGAUUCAGCGACUCUUUGCACCGCCAUUUCCCGGCCACGAACACAAGACUCACGAUAACAGACGCUUGUAUCGAUACAGCAAAACUUCUUUUGACAAAGGAACAGUUCAAUGAUCCAGAGUUUCAAUCUCUCUUCAGUAGAGCCAAGGAAAUCGAAGAAGCCCUUUCGGACCGCGCUGAAAAGCUGUAUCUAGAACUUAUCAAUGAAAUGGUGGAUAUUGCUGAGUCUUCUAAUGGCCAAUGGCGUCGCCUAGAGUUAACAAUGCAAAUGCUAACAUUCUGUCCGUCUCUUCAAACGCCGUAUCCGCCUAGAGCUGUAAAACUCUUCGUGAAAUCACUGGUACAUGAAAACAUUACCGUCAGAAGAAUUGCCGGUAGAUUAACUCUGUACGCUAUUAAACAACGCAAGAGGAAAGUGAAGAAAAUCAAUGUGGAUCCGUAUGAAGUUGCUGGUGUUCCCAAACCAGAAACACAUAUACCAGGAUAUAGAAAAGAUCUUGAAUGGGCACUUUGGUCACCGGACAGAGAAUUAAAAACCGACGAAGAGUGGGAUAAGCCUUGGCUAAGAAAUUUCUCCUGUGGAUUUUAUACUUGGCCGAAAUAUAUCAAGGUAGCAGCACCUCAAAAAGAGCAGAACUUUGCAUUGGAUACAAAUCCCGAAGACAUGGAGGAAGGUGAACGAUAUCUAUUUGAGUUCUUUAUUGAUGAACAGAACAUUAACAAAUUGGUCAACUUCCUGACAGUGGAGGAAAAGAAAGGAAAAGAUAAAUUCAAUGUGACGCGUUCUACUGUGUUCAGGAUGAUAUUUGCCAAUUUCGGCGAGCGCGUAUGCACAAAGCUGAUGGAGCACGCCCUAGCGUGUGCGGGCAAACCGGACGAGACGAUGCAGCGGUUCGCGGCCGAGGUCGCGUCGGCCGCGCUGCGGGCGCCCCGCGACUGGCCCCGGGAGAGGGCUCUGCCCCUGCAGAGGGACGCCAUGAACAUUGUUGUUGUGGGUCUAACAGCAGUAAUCCCAGAUUCAACAGAAGACUGGAACACGUGCAUAGUAAACGCAGUGGAAAAGAUGGAUCCCACGCGUAAUACUGAAGUGUUGAAGUCAUUGCUACAGCUCUGUGCGCCUUCGUUGGGUGAUAGUACCGACCAGGAGACGUCUUUUGUGGCGUGCGCGAGAUUGUAUGCACUGCAGGAUGCAAUUAACGCGUUCUCGUGGCGCGUACCGGCUUACUCCGCGGAAUUGUUGAAAAGAUUAGAAGCGGCCAAUUUCAUGCAACAUCCUUACCAAAAUGUUCGAGAAAAUGUUGGAGUUGCCUUUCUGGCGAUUUUCAAUACGGACGUGAAGUUUCCCGGCGGCGAAAAUAAAUAUUCACCGAAAUUGGGAGAUUUCCUCGAUUCUAUAAAACCAAAGCUUGCUGCUUUGUACGACGAACAUGGAGAUAUCGUGAUAAAAUCAGCGGCCAAUAUGACGGAACAGUGCAGUAGUGCGUGCACGCCGCAAGCGAGCGACGGUCCGCGGGAUACAACAUUAGUACAACAGUUGCAAGGUCUUGUGGAAGCACAUAGGGGACCCCAUGACGAUCGGCCGCAGACAUCGGACGCAAGCGCAGUGUUAAAAGAUGUUUUAGCGGGUGAAUCUCCAGUAGAUGUUCAAUUAUCGGCGAGAUUAGAGGGUGCCCUACGAUUGUCCGGUGAUGGAAACAGUUCAACUCAAGUUGAUCACGAGAACGCUGUCAAUUUGCUCACUACGGUGCUCCGCGGGUGCAUGACGCUGGUGGUGCGCGGGGCGGGGCGGGCGCGGCGGCUGCACGCGCUGGCGGGCGCGGCGUGCGCGCUGGCGUCGCGCGGCGGGGCGCGCCCGCUGGACGAGCUGCCGCGCGCCGCCGCCGCCUUCCUCGCCGCGCUGGCGCUGGCGCCGCACCCACGGGACGCCUUCGACACCGCGCUGGACGAGCUCGAGCGCAUGGCGCACGGCAGAUCAUGGUCAGCCCGUCUAGCGUGCUUAGAGCUAGCAGUGCCACUACUGUUCUACGGAUUGCCGAUGCUGUGUGACAAGCAGGAAAGUGCGGUGCGCGCUGAGAACUUCGCACUUGGCCUUAUGAGAGACAGUCGCGUUGAGGUACGACAAUCAGCUGCAAAACUACUAACGGGUCUGAUGCACUGUCGCGCUCUGCCCGACGAGGACAAAACCCUUCGCUCUCUAAUCAAAAGCUGUCGGUCAAAGGAACUAAGGGAACGGCACUGCGGGGUCCUCGGACUAUGUGCCUAUCUCUCAUCCAGGCCAUACAGCCUGGGUCCCAAACUGGGUGAUGUGCUCACAGAGCUAGCGAGACACACAAACGCCCCAGACCCCAUACCGGCCACUAUACGCACAGCACUUGCUGACUUCAGACGGACACACCAAGACGACUGGCCCAAACACAGGGAACAACUCACCGAAGAAGAAUUGGAUCUACUGGCCGACCUCACUUCACCACCCUCGUACUGUGCUUAAAUAGUUAAAGUUAAUUCAUAAGGAAUAAUUUGUACAUACUACACAGCAUUAUUUUCGCAAGUUAUUUUGUAUUAUCCAGAAGUUCUUUAAAAUUCGUGUUAAUAGCCUUGGUAAUAUUGAAAUGGUAUUUGGUUUAUUUUAAACUACUAAGAUUUGGCAUUUUCGUUUGCCUGAUAUUGUGGUGAAGGUUAUUUUUUUAAAUUUCCUUGGUGAUGGCGUGAUGUAAUAGUUAAAAUAUAUAGUUAUGUAUUAUUAUGGGAAUGUUUUAUAAUAAGUAAAUGUGCCUAUUUUUGUUUUUGUUCAAUGCAUUUCUAGAGUGUUAAUAAAAAUGAUAUGAUGUGAAUAUAUAUUGUUUGUGUUAAUUACAUGUAGUUCAUCCUAAUUACAAAAUUUAAUUGUGUACAAUAUAAAAAACAGUCGUAAAAUUUCAUUCUACGAAAUAAUAAUUUAAUAGAAAAUAGAAAAAUGGUGUUACCUCGUGAUUUUACGCUUUUAGCAGAAUAAUGACAUUCGCUUUAUAUAAAGAUGUUUUAUUUUUGUUACAAGGGCAAACUGUCUUAUUUGGAAAUUAUAAUUUUUAAGUGAUUUAUUAAAAUCAGACAAUUCAAUGUAAAAUUCAUGCAAAACUACAUAUGAGACAGUUUACCCAUUAUAUAUUAUCACUGACUGUAUAAGGGUGGUAGACAUUUAUAUAAUUUUACUUUGUACUGUAAAUAAAUCACUUUGUAUAUUUUGAUCACCUAAUUAGUGUAAAUGUCUUCUUUAAUUUUCUUUGUUUUGCACAGAACAAUAAGUUACCAAGUCUUUUAUGGCAGAUCUGAGAUCAUACUAUCAAAAAGGUGGAAAUUUUCAACUAAGUUUUUGCUUACAAAUGAAUUUCACAAUAUGAAAAUGUUUGAACUGUCAAAACUGUAGUAAACAAACAGAUCGGUCCAAUGUAAAACAAUAUUGGCUUAUAUAGUAUAUACCAAGUUUUGGAAGCAUAAUAAAUAUUAGUGGCUAUGGAAA